AUGAGCGGUCGCGGUAAAGGUGGUAAGACACGCGUCAAGUCGAAGACCAGGUCAACCCGUGCUGGGCUUCAGUUCCCAGUUGGUCGUGUGCAUCGUCUGCUUCGCAAGGGUAACUACGCUGAACGCGUUGGCGCCGGAGCUCCUGUGUACCUGGCAGCUGUGUUGGAGUACUUGGCCGCUGAGGUUCUCGAGUUAGCUGGCAAUGCUGCUCGCGACAACAAGAAGACCCGUAUCAUCCCUCGCCACUUGCAAUUGGCCAUCCGCAACGAUGAGGAGUUGAACAAGCUGUUGGGUGGUGUCACCAUUGCUCAGGGUGGUGUUUUGCCCAACAUCCAAGCUGUUCUGCUGCCCAAGAAGACCGACAAGGUCAAGGCCUAG